UGUGCUGUGGUGCCGCCGGGCCGGGGAUCGGAGGGAGUGAGCUGUGCGCGCCCGGAGGGCCCGGGCCGUCGGGCGCCCGUCUUGUUUCCAGCCAUGGGGUCGGCGGCGCUGGAGAUUCUUGGCCUGGUGUUGUGCCUGGUGGGAUGGGUGGGCCUGAUCCUGGCGUGCGGGCUGCCCAUGUGGCAGGUGACCGCUUUCCUGGACCACAACAUCGUGACGGCGCAGACCACCUGGAAGGGGCUGUGGAUGUCGUGCGUGGUGCAGAGCACAGGGCACAUGCAGUGCAAGGUGUACGACUCGGUGCUGGCGCUGAGCACAGAGGUGCAGGCGGCGCGGGCGCUCACGGUGGGUGCCGUGCUUCUGGCGCUUGUCGCGCUCUUCGUGACCCUGGCGGGCGCGCAGUGCACCACCUGCGUGGCCCCCGGCCCGGGUAAGGCGCGCGUGGCCCUCACGGGCGGCGCGCUCUACGCGCUCUGCGGGCUGCUGGCGCUCGUGCCGCUCUGCUGGUUCGCCAACAUCGUGGUCCGGGAGUUCUACGACCCGACCGUGCCCAUGUCGCAGAAGUACGAGCUGGGCGCCGCGCUUUACAUCGGCUGGGCCGCCUCGGCGCUGCUCAUGUGCGGCGGCGGCCUCGUGUGCUGCGGCGCCUGGGUCUGCGCCGGCCGCCCCGACUUCGGCUUCCCGGUCAAGUACUCGGCGCCGCGGCGGCCUACGGCCAGCGGCGACUACGACAAGAAGAACUAUGUUUGAGUGCGCUUUCGCGGCAGGGCCGCGAGCGGGAGGGCCGGCCAGGGGAGCCCCGCAUGGACGGCGGCCUCCGCGGCGCACAGGCUCUGCGGAACUCUGGGUCCUGCGCACGGACCGGACUCUGUCCGCAGCCCGUCCUCUCCGGCCGCCUAGCCGGCCCCGGGCUGCGCCCUGUCCCGCAAGGCGACGCGCACUUGGGAAGACUCGCUGUUUCUUUUUGUGUGCAGUGCUGGCUCCGACGUGGGUAGGACGCACGUUCCUUCGGCUGUGUGGGCACUGGACUGGAGAUGCCGCUCCUUCUCUGACCGUCAGGGUCUUGGAUGCCACCCACUCCCUAAUGGCUCCUCCUGAUUCCAGAGGGGCAGACCGAGAGCCCAGGGACCCCAGCCUCGGCUGCCGGAGGGAGGUUUAUGGCUGGCCUUGACUCCAUCAGCAGGCUGACCUCCGGGUGGGGGCAAGAGACUUGGUCUGGACCUCCCUGUCUCACCCCUGCAGCUCGCCAGGCAAGGCUUAUGGCCACCGGAUCCUGGGUGUGGGGCUAGGGCCCUGCCCUCCUUCACAGCUUGGGGGGGUGGGGUAAGAGUCUGCUUAGUAAAUGGUUUGGAUACCCUCCCGUGUCCUGUUCUUUGUCCGGUCACCGCCUGUGCUCUGCAGCCCCCAUUCAUCCACCUAUCCACCAAAUUCUCCCCAAAAAGCUCCUGUGGGGACCCUUCCAGGGCUGGCCCCUGGGAUCCCGAAGAUCCCAUGGCCAUUUCUCAGGUCCCUCCUGCCAUCUGGUCACCUUUCCGUUGGGUGGGAAA